AUGCCCAUGUCCGAUAUCCAAGUCGGCUGGUACAUAACCUCGCUCCAGCACUCCGGCGAACAAAAGAUCAUUCAGAUCCAGUACCCGUACUACCAGGUCGCGGACGGGUCGUGGGUGAACUGGGAGAAUAUUCGCACCUAUCGGCAGGGAGCUUGGGAUAUGGAGGCUUUUGGAAAGUAG